AUGGCGUACGAGAUUUUGCUACUAGAGGUGACAUUCCUUGGCCAUAUAGUCAGUGUAGAUGGGAUUAAGGUAAAUCCGACCAAGAUAGAAGCAGUUAGAGAUUGGCCUAGGCCAAGGAAUUCCUUGGAGGUUAGGAGCUUCCUUGGGUGGGCGGGAUAUUACAGGCGGUUCGUGGAAGGGUUUUUAAAGAUUUCUACACCAUUGACUGAGUUAACGCCGAAGAAUCUGAAGUUCUCAUGGUCAGAAAAAUGUGAGGGUAGUUUCCUGGAACUGAAGCAACGAUUGAUUAUUACUCUGGUGCUGAGUUUUCCUUCAGUCUGGGACAAAUUUGUGGUGUAUUGCGACGAAUCAAUAUUGGGGUUAGGAUGUGUGUUGAAGCAGAGUAGGAAGGUUAUUGCCUAUGCAUCGUGA